AUGCACGCGAGCCGGGCUCCGGCCAUCAGCGUGAGCGCCGAGAGCUGCAUCCCCGCCGGGCUGCGCCUGGGGCCCGUGCCGGGCAUCUUCAAACUGGGCAAGUACCUGUCCGACCGCCGAGAGCCGGGACCCAAGAAAAAGGUGCGGAUGGUGAGAGGGGAGUUGGUCGAUGAAGCCGGUAGCUCCGCUUUGGAGUGGAUAGGGUUAAUCCGGGCAGCCCGCAACGCCCAGGAGCAGACUCUGGAGGCCGUCGCGGACCUGCCGGGAGGACAGAUCUUCUACCGGGCGCUGCGCGACGUGCAGCCCGGCGAGGAGCUCACCGUGUGGUACUCCAACCCCUUGGCGCAGUGGUUCGACAUCCCGCUCACCGCCACCCCCACGCACGACGAGAAAGGGGAGGAGCGCUACAUCUGCUGGUACUGCUGGAGGACCUUCAAGUACCCCAACAGCCUCAAGGCCCACGUCCACUUCCACUGCGCGCUGAGCCACGGGCGGCCCUUCCUGCACUCCGAGCACGAGGCCGCCGCCGCCUCCCCGCCGCCGGUCAAGCCCCGACGUGCAGCGGGCAAGGAGGAGCAGGAGCGCGCCCUGGACAUGAGCGUGGGUGCCGGCCGCGGUCCGGGCGUGCUACUGGGGCCGGCGGGCGGCAACGGGCUGGCUCUAUGUCCGGGGGCGCGCUCCGCCUUCCGCCCCGCCGGGCCGCUGCGGGAGGAGGCGCGGGCGGCCGCGGGCUUCCCCAAGCUGCUGGGGGGGCUGAAGGCGGGCCGCGCCGCCGCCGAGCCGCCACCCAAGUGCGGGGCGCUGCCGGCCGAGACCGCACCUCCGACGGCGGCCGCCGCCGCCGCCGCGGCCGCCGCGGCAGGGCUGGCGUGCGGAGGGGGGCUGCGGGCAUUCCCGCUGCUGUCGCCGCUGGAAGAAGCCUCGGCCUUCCGACCCCUGGAGCGCGGGCUGCCCGGCGCCGCGCUGCCGCCCGGCCGCUACCCGCCGCUGCCCGGCGGCGCGCUGGAGCGGUUCGCUCUGCCGCCCUUCGAGGGGCUGAAGGCGUACGCGGGGGAGUGCGGACUGCCCGUGAUGCCGCUCACCGUGUACGGCGGGGAGCUGUUGUACGGCGCAGCGCCCUACUACCCGCUGAAGCUGCACCUGGGCGGGUUGCUCAAGUACCCCGAGGCCGUGCCGUACUUCGGCGGGCCGGCCACCGGGCUGCACGCCGCAGAGCUGGGCUCGCUGGCCGGCAUCGACCGCGAGAUCGCCAUGCACACGCAGCAGCUCUCCGAGCUGGCGGCCGAGAAGGGGCGCGGACGGCUGGAGGCGCUGCCCGCGGGAGCGGCGGGGGCGGCGGGCGGCAAAGCCAAGGCAGGGCACCUGUGCCUGUACUGCGGCAAGCUGUACUCCCGCAAGUACGGGCUGAAGAUCCACAUGCGGACUCACACCGGCUACAAGCCGCUCAAGUGCAAGGUGUGCCUGCGGCCCUUCGGGGACCCCAGCAACCUCAACAAGCACAUCCGUCUGCACGCCGAGGGCAACACGCCCUACCGCUGCGAGUACUGCGGCAAGGUGCUGGUGCGGCGCCGCGACCUGGAGCGGCACGUCAAAUCCCGGCACCCGGGGCAGGGCCUCGGCAAGGUGGCCGAGGAACGCAGUGACUCUGGCUACGCGCCCGCCGAGCGCGACCAAAAGACUGACAACGAGAGCGACGUGGACGUCUGCUUCACCGACGACCAGAGCGAGCCCGAGAGCGGCGGCAGGACCCGGCAGCAGUAG